UAAAGCUUGAAGAUGUGGAGAUGGGACCAGCUGAUGCUACAGCAGAUGCACACUCAGUGACACACACAGACACACCGCCCCGCAUAAAGGCAGAGAGCCACACACACACUGCGGAGCCUCGUCCAGCGUCCGAGGCCGAGUGUCAGCUGAACCUGCUGGAGCACGUGGAGACGCUGCACCAUCAGAUCAGCGCCAGGAUGGACCUGAUAGAGCGGGAGCUGGACGUGUUGGAGUCGUGGUUGGAUCACUCCGGUGAGCUCGAGCCUCCGGAUCCUUUGUCCCGCCUCCCGCAGCUCAAGCAGCGAAUCAGGCGGCUGCUCCGUGACCUGUGCACUGUGAGACAUCUGUCCGUCUGGCGCUGACUCUUUCCCCUCCCUGACCCCUGACCCCUUUAACUCCUGCGAGCCUCUGCUAGCCAAUAGGAGCAGACGGACUGACUGACGGGCAAUCACUCGACUGACGGACCUGCGGAGAUGGAGUCGUGGAGCGAGUCGACUCUGCAGAGAAACUGUGCUUUGUUUAGAGUCGAGAAGAUGCACUACAACACGACGAGGGUGAAGACGUUUUUUUUGUGACUGAACAGGUGCUUUCUAUCUGUUACAUUUCACAAAAGUACAACAACAUUUCCCAAACUGUCCCUCCGUAUGUUCAACAACGUGAAGAUGAAAGGUUUCGGUAUUGGAUGGAUUUUGAUGAGCUGUUGUUACGCAGGUUUUUGGGAAACUUUUCUGUGUUCAGGUGGCUCUACAAACUUAACUGCAUGCGUUCUCAUUAGCAUCAGAUUACCGUGUAGUGUUAGCAAAGGCCGUUUCCUAGCAACCAUCUAACCUGAGAAACUGUGUUACGACCGAAAAGUGUAACAAAGCUCAUGAAAACAUUGAAAGGAUUUGGGCCGAUUUUUUUUUAAAACAUGAAGAUUCGAUGAUUCAAUAACUUUCCUACGACAGAGAUUUGAGAAAAUGUUGUUACACAGCGAGUCCUCUGAAAUUAAAUUGAUUUGCAGCAAAGUGUCACCGUUUUUAAAUCCUCGUUGGAAUGGUUCAUACCUGUUUUGCUUUUAGGAAUCUAGUAAGAUGGAGAUAUAUGAGAUCGUCCUUCUUUCUCUGUGUAAUGUUUACGCUUAAAAACUGUGUCUCGACGGCGUCUUCCACACACUAUCUGUGUCUCUUAAAGGGAUGGCGCUGUGGGAAAUGUAGUUUUUUUAUAGUCCCUUGACUACAGAGGUGACACUAUAUGGCCUUUUUCACAAUUUUUUUUUACUGGUUCUAACAAUCAUGUGUUUUAAGAUUGUUUUAGUGACAUUUCGCUGCAAAAUCAGCUCAUAUCAAAUGAUUCGCUGCAUUUAUGUGCUCCAUAUUUUCACAUCUAAUUAGUUUUUGGUGGACACAAGGCCCUUGUUGUGUGUCUGAACCACACAGAUGGAUGUAUAGAGGAUUUUUAAAAGACGAUAUAGGAUCAUCUUUCUCUCUUUAGGAAACGAGCUCAGUUCAGUACUUCCUUCACUUUCUCUUCCUUUUUUCUCGCGUUUGAUAUUUUCAGGUUUUAGGCAUAUUAUUUCGACUUUUCUAGAUUUUUAUCUGUGCUUUUGAUUGUUUUCUGCAUAAUGUCUCUUUCUGACAUACGAAGAAAAACCCUAAAAGCAAUGUAUUAAUCAGCUUCUACUUUGUUCUUGACCUUUGGGAACUGUAUACGUCACUAAAUAAUAUCCGCUCACAGGUUCAUUUUGUGUUUCGGUGCUCUCAGAUUUUUUAGCAAAAACAGCUAGCUCGUUAUAACCUGUACAAAUAUUUCUUUCAGUUUAAUCUCAUAUACUCGUCUCUGUUGAUAGUACCGGUAAUCAUUCAUUUCAGAUGAAGAGUAUUGAUAGUUUCUUUCAUCGAGGCCAGUGUAAUAAACUGUUUUCAGUCAAAUUAACCAACAAGACGUUCCUCUGUUGUGACAAAAAACUCAUUCUACGUGUAAAUAUGUCCAGGUAAAUGUUUUAUACACUUGUGUAAGAAGCUAACUGUAAAAAGCUGUAGAUUUAUUUUCAUAGAGAGAUUGGUUAUGAAUCAGGUUGGUUAAUAUCUGAUGUGUUUGAAGAACGCAGAGCUUCUAUUGCUUCUCUUUAGUUAUCGUGCAACCGCAUUUGUUUGAAUUGUUAACUGUUUUUAUUUCAGUUCAUGGUGCGUUCAGGCGGUCCUCCACAACUCGAAGAAUCUAAUCUCUCCUGUUGAAAGAAAGGCAACUUUAUUAAUAUAGCUCAUUUCAGCAACAGGACAAUUCAAAUAAUUACAACCAACAUUAAAAGGGCGUGAUCAAAUUACAUUUAAAUACAUUGGAAAACUUUUUAAAAAAAAGAAUAGACAUUUUAAAGAAGCGUGUGAGAUGUGAAUAACUCUUUGAUUUAAUAAAGGGGUAAAAAAGUAAAAUAUUUAGCCUUGAUUAAAAAGACGUUCAUUUGUAGCACGCCUGCAAUUUUCAUCUAAACAUCCACAUGUUUGUAGACACUCGAUUUUCUGAGUUGGAGAGGACACGCCUGAAGGCAACACAGGUUCACACACAUUAAGCUACAAUGUUUUGCUUCUGUGUUCUGUUUAAAGCAUGAAGUUUUCUGACGAAUUCUAACUUUGAUUAAAAUGAAGAAAUUCCC